AUGAAGUUCCUGUCCUCCUUUCUGCUCGGCAUUGCCGGCCUGGCAGCUGUUUCUCCGGCCCUCGCAUCCCCGCAGAGGCCUUUGAAACCCAUCUCCUCGUCGCCUUCCACCGGCGGCUCCCUAGACGAUGUCAUCAAUGACUCACCCUUCCUGUCUUUCCACCGCGACCUUGUACAGAUUGAAUCCAUCUCUGGGAAUGAGAGCUACGUCAGCGAAUUCGUGGCAGACUUUCUGAAGGCGCACAGCUUCACCGUUGUCAAGCAGCCCGUGACGGGUGGGGAUGGACCGGAUCGCUUCAACAUCUUCGCCUACCGGGCGUCUAGUUCCCCCCGGGUCCUCCUCACCAGCCACAUUGAUACCGUGCCCCCGUUUAUCCCCUACUCCCUCGAGCGCGUCGACUCCAAUUCCUCGGCCUCGAGCAUCCGUAUCGCUGGUCGAGGCUCCGUCGACGCCAAGGCCAGCGUGGCGGCCCAGGUCUUUGCGGCGCUCGAGGUGCUGGACGAGACCCCGGACGCUCCGCUGGGAUUCCUCUUCGUCGUAGACGAAGAAGUCGGCGGGAAAGGCAUGCGCGUCUUCUCUGAAUCCUCCCUGAACCCAGCCCCCUCCACCUUCAACGCCGUCAUCUUUGGCGAGCCCACUGACCUGGCCCUCGUCGCCGGCCACAAGGGCAUGCUGGUCUUCGACGUGGUCGCCACUGGUCAUGCCGCCCACUCCGGGUAUCCCUGGCUCGGAUCAAGCGCUAUCUCAGCCAUCCUGCCGGCCCUGUCGCGCGUCGACCGUCUAGGGGACAUUCCCGCCGAGGAGGGCGGCCUGCCCUCCAGUCCCAAGUUCGGCCGCACCACCGUGAACAUCGGUCGCGUGGAUGCCGGUGUAGCAAUCAACGUGGUGCCCGCGGCUGCACGGGCGGGCGUCGCGGUACGGCUGGCGGCGGGUACUCCGGAUGAGGCGCGCGAGAUCGUGCGGCGCGCUGUGCACAAUGCCACCGAGGGCAACGAGGCCGUGUACGCCGACUUCUCGUCACACCCAGAAGGUUACCCACCGCCGGACCUGGACACGGACGUGGAAGGAUUCGAGGUGACGACGGUGAACUACGGCACCGACGUGCCAAACCUUCAGAUUCCCGACCGCGAGGACGGCGGCCGCGUGCGUCGCUACCUCUACGGCCCCGGUAGUAUUCAUGUGGCGCACAGCGACGACGAGGCCCUCACUGUGGCGGAUCUGCAGGAGGCUGUGCGUGGAUACCGGAAGUUGAUCGAGGCGGCAUUGGAUCGGAACGAUCUACUCUACCUGCGUAGCUACCUCACCCACUCGAGGAGUUUGCCGCCUCCAUACUCAAUCACAACCUCCAUCUUACAGGAAGUCAAAGUCACCCAUCCGAAUACGUUGAGCACUUCUCGCAUAAUCCGGGCUUUAGAAGAUGCUGCAUUUGAAAUCGAUAGCGUGCAAACCGAUGAAGACAAUCUCGAAAUCAAUGGCGACCAUCGUGGCAAGGCGAAACACGACGCGCGGGAGCAGUCCGAGCUGCAUGUCAGUAAAUGCGACACUUGCUCUGCGGAACUAGCGAAACUGGCCUCGGAUUUAUCGACAGACCAGGGCGUGGAUGACACCAAGAAGGGCCCUAUUCCCGUUGCCACCCCCAUCAAGUCCCAAGACGAUGAGCUGGCAACUGUCAUGACUGACAGUCUGAAUGGCUCACGGGCCCGCAUGACCUUCUCCAUUAGCGCCAUGUCUUUUAGCUCAUGUGUGAGCAAGAUUACGGCAGCCCUGCAACCGCGAGCUUGGAUUCACAAGUACGAGUGGAUUACCAAUGUGGAUGUGAAUCUUGUCUAUGGAAGUGCAACGGUCGAAUUCCAAGACAAGAGCCAUCUCGAUGAGAUUCCGACCGUCAUCAAUGGCCUUGGUUACAAAGCCACUCUGAGUGACAUUGAGAGUCGGAAUCCAACCCGCGAGGAUAGCUCCAAACGCACAGUCAGUAUUCAGGUGGAUGGGAUGCAUUGCUCCCAUUGCCCCGAGCGGGUGCUCAACACUCUUGCGCCUUUCUCGGACCGACUGGAGGUGACCGAACCUCCAACUCGAACCAAGUCUCUCUUGACUGUGUCUUACAUCCCCAACACGCCAACUUUUACCAUUCGGCACAUUCUUGAAGCUAUCGCCAAUGUGGACCAGGCCUUCGCCAUUGCCCGCCGCUUGAUCCUGGCCGUGGUGGUUGCCAUUCCGACUUUCAUCAUAGGCAUCGUAUAUAUGUCAUUGGUCUCGCCCGACAAUCCUGGGCGAAUAUACCUCGAGCAAUCGAUGUGGGCCGGCCAAGCCUCUCGCAUCGAGUGGACUCUGCUCAUCAUGGCAACUCCGGUCUACUUCUUUGCUGCGGACCUCUUCCAUCGUCGCAUGCUCGCUGAGAUCAAGGCUCUCUGGAGACCAGGGAGCACUACUCCAAUCCUACGCCGACAUUACCGUUGUGGAAGCAUGGACAUGUUGAUGUCUCUCGGAACGACCAUCGCCUACGUCUCCUCUAUCGCCAUUCUCUCCAUCAAUGCCACACAACCCCUUGACGGUAUGGGAACAAACACCGACAGCUUCUUUGACUCAGUUGUCUUCCUCACCAUGUUUCUACUCGUGGGUAGAUUACUGGAAGCCUACAGCAAGGCCAAAGCUGGAGACGCUGUCAGUCUUUUGAGCAAACUGCGCCCGACAGAGGCUUUGCUGGUCCAACAGAAUGACAGUGGAAGCCCGGCUAGAUCCGGAGAAGUCAUCGCGAUCCCUAUCGAUCAAUUGGAAUUCGGUGAUGUUGUCCGUGUCCGCAAUGGAGCUUCUCCCCCGUACGACGGAACUUUGAUCGACGGACGAUCGCAAUUCGACGAGUCGAGCUUGACGGGAGAGUCAAGGCCUGUGACCAAGUCGGUUGGCGAUGAAGUAUUCUCCGGGACUAUCAAUCAGGCUGAUCCAGUUUCCAUCCGCGUUACUCGACUCUCUGGUGAUUCGAUGCUCGACCAGGCGAUUGGAGCGGUUCGCGAGGGUCAAAUUCGUAGGGCACCCAUUGAACGCACAGCCGAUCUGAUCACUGGCUUCUUUGUACCUUUGAUUUCUUUGAUUGCAAUAUUGGAUUGGAUCAUUUGGCUGGCACUGGGUGUUUCUGGGCGGCUUCCGGAAAGCUGGAAAUCAGGAAGCACUGGUGGAUGGGAGUUUUGGUCCUUGCAGUUUACCAUCUCCGUCUUUGUCGUUGCCUGCCCUUGUGGGAUUGGCCUAGCAGCUCCGACGGCUCUCUUUGUUGGUGGCGGUCUCGCAGCUCAACAUGGAAUUUUGACCGGGACCAUUACUGAGGGUGGAGAGCCAGCCAUCACGGACCAUGAGACCAUCCUUACCGAUCACGUUGGCGAAAUUUGGGGCGCGGUGAGGGAGGUCGAACACAACAGCAGCCACCCGAUUGCCAAAGCAAUGGUCAAGUUCGCUACGAAGUACCAGCCACCGAACAUGGCCGUCGUUUCUGUGAGCGAGAUUGCGGGAAAAGGUAUGAAGGGAUCGUUCCGUCUUCCCGGCAAUGCAGACUCGAUUCUGGACAUCGUGGUGGGUAAUGAGGUCCUUAUGAUUGACCAUGACAUUGUCAUUUCCUCGAUCCAUGAUCGCACCUUGAACGAUUGGAAGACGCAAGCCAAAUCUGUUGUUCUUGUUGGUGCAAGGAUCCAGGCAAAUGAGAACGCAGAGAAGAAAGUCCCUUGGGGUCUUGCCUUGAUGCUUGCAGUGGCCGACCCGGUGCGGCCUGAGGCCGUGGCCACGAUCGAAGCCUUGCAAACCCGCAAUGUCGCGAUGGUCGGUAUCCCUGAAGACAACAUCAUUGCUGGCGUACUGCCGGAACAGAAAGCCGACAAGGUGCAAUAUCUUCAAAAGACACUCCCACGAGCACCGCGAACGGGCUGGCUCGGCCUAGGCAAGAAGAAGAAUGCAUCGGGACGUGCACUGGUAGCAAUGGUCGGCGAUGGCAUCAAUGGUUCCCCAGCGUUAACCAUGGCCGACGUCGGCUUUGCCAUCGGAUCAGGCUCAGAUAUUGCAAUUUCGGCCGCCGAGUUUGUUCUCGUCUCAUCUCGUUUGACCUCGCUACUCACCAUGGUGGAUCUGAACCCAGUGGUCUUUAGUCGCAUUCGAUUCAACUUUGGUUGGGCGCUGGUGUACAACUGCAUCGCCGUGUCCGUCGCCGCUGGCGUUUUCUUCCCGAUUUGUAAUCUGCAGCAGUCUCUUGAUGAAGACUCGACUGCCUCUGGUAGGAACGAGGAGCCUCGGGUCUGGGAAAUGAAUAUGAGUUUGAGUCUCGGUGGGUCAUUGGGUGCAUUUGGUGUGGACGAAUACUAUCCGCGUGUGAAUUUUCAUAAUAUUCUAACCAUAGCCAUUGCUGGCGUUCCGGAACAACUGAUAUGGGUUUAA